AUGUCCAGCCACAGUGGGAGAGGUCAUGGGGGUCUUAACCAACUAGGCGGAAUGUUUGUUAAUGGACGCCCGCUUCCGGAGGUGAUCCGGCAACGCAUCGUGGACAUGGCCCACCAGGGGGUCCGGCCCUGUGACAUCUCCCGGCAGCUCCGAGUCAGCCACGGCUGCGUCAGCAAGAUUCUGGGACGUUACUACGAGACAGGCAGCAUCAAACGCGUGAUUGGCGGCUCUAAACCCAAAGUGGCCACACCGAAGGUGGUGGAUAAAAUCGCAGAGUACAAAAGGCAGAAUCCCACCAUGUUCGCCUGGGAGAUCAGAGACCGGCUGCUGGCGGAGGGAGUGUGUGACAGCGACACGGUGCCCAGCGUGAGCUCCAUUAACAGAAUAAUUCGAACAAAGGUCCAGCAACCAUUCAAUCUGCCUCUGGACGGAAAAGGCCUGAGUCCUGGACAAACCUUAAUCCCCAGUUCAGCCGUCACUCCUCCUGAAUCUCCACACUCAGACUCUUUGGGCUCCACCUACUCCAUCAGUGGCUUGUUAGGGAUCCCCCAACCCAGCGUCGAGGGCAAGAGGAGCCACGAUGACAGUGAUCAGGAGAGUUGUCGGCACAGCGUAGACUCUCAGGGCAGCGGGGGAGUCCCGAGGAAACAGAUGAGGGUGGAUCACUUCUCAGCAGCCACGCAACAUCUGGACUGUGGGUUCGACCGUCACCACUAUCCCCCGGACUCAUUCGGCUCCGCGUCCGGAAGCAAAGCAGAGCAGACUUUGUACCCGCUCUCCCUCAUCAACGGCAGCCUUGAUGAGGCCAAGACGAGCCUCUCAACAUCCUCGUCCGCCAUUGGACGGAAUCUAACAGCACACCAGAGCUACGCGAUGGUGACAGAGCCCCUCCAGUCGCUGCCACUCUGCCUUAAACAGGAAAUGUCCCCGGAAGUGACGAGCACAAGCCCCUCCCCAAACAUGGUGGCGUCCAACCUGGCGUUCGUUGAGCUGCAGGCGCUGCAGAAGCCCGUUUCUGUCAGCAGCAGCAGCUGCGGCAACUCCAACCAUUCCCCCUAUGCUUUCAACUCAUUCUCCCAUCAUGCACCUGUGUACGGGCAGUUCAGCAGUCAGUCUAUUCUCUCAGGGCGUGACAUGGUGAGCUCCACCCUGCCAGGUUACCCACCUCACAUCCCCUCCCCCGCGCAGUCAGGAUACACCACCUCAGCCAUCACGGGCAUGGUAGCAGGUGCAGAUUACUCGGGUCAGACCUACAGCCACACACCGUACACCACCUACAGCGACGCCUGGAGGUUCACCAACUCCUCCAUACUGGGUUCUCCAUAUUACUACAGCUCGGCCUCCCGCACCGCUCCUCCGUCUGCAGCCGCCUACGACCACCUCUAGUCCCUGCUGGGAGGGGCCGACUCUAGCGCUGAUGGACCCGAGCGGACCUGGCGACUAGAAAACUGGAAAUCUGAACAUCAGCUGACACUUCUGAUUGAGGACCAAGGCAUGAAAGUCGAAACUCAACGUGAACUUUACACUCUGCUGAUGAACCAGCAAAACAUUUUCACCUCCUCCUGUGUUAUUUAUUUGUUGUUAGUGGUUCUGUUGCCAUGGUAACGCCGACUCAUGCACGUUUACAGACUGUUAACUCCUCCUAUGGGCCAUGCCAAGGUGCAUAUUUUCAGUCUACAGAGCUCUAACACUGUUUUUUGCCAAAGACUUUCUUUUUCUCGCACAUCUGCAAAAAUGACACCACAAAAUCCAGUGAUACAGAUAUGCAACUUCUUUAUACUAGACUAUGCCUGCUCUUUGUUUACAAUACUUUAUUUGUCCUAUCAUUACAGAAUGAAUUCCUCUUUUUUAAUUUGUGUCUGCUUUCCAAUUCCUUUUUGAGACUUGUCUGUAAACUUUUUCUGAUUUUCACUUCCUCCCCGUAGUGAAAAUGGACUAAAAGGUGUCACAUUAAAUCACAACUACAACAAAAUGCCCACAUCUGCCCCCCUCAAAUAUAAUUAAAGUGUUUGUCCAGCAAUAUGUACAUAUUGUAAAUGAUGAAUGACCUAUGAGGAAGAGAUGCAAUUUUUCUCAGAGAAUGACUGAUGACGGUGAUUUGGCUACUAAA